GGCCCGGGGGGGCCCCGACGCCGGUCGCUUUCCGCCGGGUAAGCAGCCCGAGUGUAGAGGCCCCUGGCACUGUGCGCCCUUUGCCGCAGCGUCUCUUUCAGGCGGGAAGUGUGUGAACGGGGGUAGUGCUGGCCCAGGACGCUGCCGGCUGUAACCCAGUUUGUGAAAUCUGAGAAGUCGCCCAAGGCUUUUUAUCCACCUCAUGCUCCUGGAUUGAGGGUCACAGUAGAUAAUCGGACUGUGGUUUUGUUGUAACAAUGAUCGUGUUAGAAAUAAACGGAAGGUGGCAACCUGUUGACAGUGAUACCUGUCAAGUGUCAUCCGCGGACUUGGGUUGCUCAUGGUAGGAAUUUCAUUUGCCGUUUUGCAUGCUUGCAUGUACCUUGUUACCUGAUGCACGGCAGAGUCCAGUCUAGAGACCGGCCACUAGGCGGGGACGCUGUGUUUCCUGGCUGCAGCCUGGUCCCCAGUCCCGGGGCCACAGGCAAAGUGGCCCGAACCCUCCCGCGGGCCUUCACUCGCCAAAGGGAGUGAAUGGCCGGUCAGCCGUGCGGCCUGUGCGCGCGGGGUGUGAGGCUCAUCGGAGUAUGACAGAAGGAGUGGAUGAGGUCAUACUGCUCCUGGGUUGGGCGGGAGGCUGCAGCGGGAGAGGCUUGACCGAGAGGCAGCAGUCACAGCACGGGACCGUCACAGCCGGCGCCUCGAUGCCAUCGCAGCAAGUGGACUACAACGAAGGGCGCUGUCCAAGCGUCUUGGUUUACCCCUGGUGCCAGGGAUCCAGGGAAGCCUGCUGUGAGUCUGCUGCUGGCUCACGGCCCACUAGGCAAGCAAGGUGGAAGAAGAAAGGUGCCAUUUUGGCAUGAAGACAGACUCGCUUAGUCGUCAGUCAUUUAAGCUGAGUGCAUUGUGAUUUCCAAUAAUUGAGGCAGUGGUUCUAAAAGCUGUCUACAUUAAUGAAAAGAGCAAUGUGGCCAGCUUGACUAAGCCGCCAGCGUGCGCAGCGCGGGCAGGACGGCACCCGGGUCUCGACGGACUUGUGCAUGUUAGCUGUAUAGAUUUAUGUAAGGUUUUUUAAAACUCUGGUAUUUUAAAAUAGUCUUACCCACUUUUACUAUGGAAACAUAUGAGAGUCCCUCUCCUCUCCCGCGUGAGCCCGCAGGAGAAGCGGUGAUGGAGACCCGAGCUUGCCCCCUCCAAGCGCUGCCCCGUGAACAGUCUCCACCACCUCCCCUGCAAACGUCCAGUGAUGCAGAGGUAAUGGACGUUGGCUCUGGUGGUGAUGGACAGGCCGAACCCCCUGCUGAGGACCCGCUCAACUUCUACGGAGCUUCUCUUCUCUCCAAAGGAUCCUUCUCUAAGGCCCGCCUCCUCAUAGACCCGAACAGUAGUGGCCACAGCCCACGCACUGCCCGGCACGCACCUGCAGUCCGGAAGUUCUCCCCUGACCUUAAGUUGCUUAAGGAUGUAAAGAUUAGUGUGAGCUUUACCGAGAGCUGCAGGAGUAAGGACAGGAAGGUGCUGUACACAGGAGUGGAGCGCGACGCUCGGGCGGAGUGCGGUCUGGCCCUUAGCCCUGUCGGUGGGGGCGUGCAUGCUUGUCCCUUUGGCGGGAGUGUUGGUAACGGGGUGGGCGUAGGGGCUGAGAGUGCUGAUAAGAAGGAUGAGGAGAAUGAGCUGGAUCAGGAAAAGAGAGUGGAGUAUGCAGUGCUCGAUGAGUUAGAAGAUUUUACUGACAAUUUGGAGCUAGAUGAAGAAGGAGCAGGCGGGUUCACUGCCAAAGCCAUCACGCAGAGAGACAGAGUGGAUGAAGAGGCCUUGAACUUCUCCUAUGAGGAUGAUUUUGACAAUGAUGUUGAUGCUCUGCUGGAAGAGGGCCUCUGUGCUCCCAAAAAGAGGCGACUGGAGGAGAAAUACGGAGGUGACAGCGACCAUCCAUCUGAUGGAGAGACAAGCGUGCAACCAAUGAUGACCAAGAUUAAAACAGUGCUCAAAAGUCGUGGCCGCCCACCUACAGAACCGUUGCCUGAUGGGUGGAUCAUGACCUUCCAUAAUUCGGGAGUCCCCGUGUACCUCCACAGAGAGUCUCGGGUGGUCACCUGGUCCAGGCCUUACUUCUUGGGAACGGGAAGCAUACGGAAACACGAUCCUCCUCUGAGUAGCAUUCCCUGUUUGCAUUACAAGAAAAUGAAGGACAAUGAGGAGAGGGAGCAAAACAGUGAGCUUGCCCCCAGUGGGGAGGUGACCCCUGUCAAGCCCCUGAGCCGACCUGCGGAGCUGGAGUUGCCCCUGGAAGAGCCUGACUCUGUGGGUGCCAACUUGGGGCCCCCAGAUGAGAAGGAUCCGCUGGGAGCUGAGGCUGCCCCCGGGGCUCUGGGGCAGGUGAAGGCCAAAGUUGAGGUGUGCAAAGACGAAUCAGUUGAUCUGGAGGAAUUUCGGAACUACUUGGAGAAGCGUUUUGACUUUGAGCAAGUCACUGUGAAGAAAUUCAGGACUUGGGCUGAGCGGCGACAGUUCAACCGGGAAAUGAAACGGAAACAGGCCGAAUCCGAGAGGCCCAUCCUGCCAGCCAAUCAGAAGCUCAUCACUCUUUCUGUACAAGAUGCUCCCACAAAGAAAGAGUUUGUCAUAAACCCCAACGGGAAAUCUGAGGUCUGCAUCCUGCACGAGUACAUGCAGCGUGUUCUCAAGGUCCGCCCCGUUUAUAAUUUCUUUGAAUGUGAGAACCCAAGUGAGCCUUUUGGUGCCUCAGUGACCAUUGAUGGUGUGACCUAUGGAUCUGGAACUGCGAGCAGCAAAAAGCUGGCGAAGAACAAAGCUGCCCGAGCUACGCUGGAAAUCCUCAUCCCUGACUUUGUUAAACAGACCUCCGAGGAGAAGCCCAAAGACAGUGAGGAGCUCGAGUAUUUUAACCACAUCAGUAUUGAGGACUCACGAGUCUAUGAGCUGACCAGCAAGGCCGGACUGUUGUCUCCCUAUCAGAUCCUCCACGAGUGCCUUAAAAGGAACCAUGGGAUGGGUGACACAGCCAUCAAGUUUGAAGUGGUUCCUGGUAAAAACCAGAAGAGCGAAUAUGUCAUGGCGUGCGGCAAACACACAGUGCGCGGCUGGUGUAAGAAUAAGAGAGUCGGGAAGCAGUUAGCCUCUCAGAAAAUCCUUCAGCUGUUGCACCCUCAUGUCAAGAACUGGGGGUCCUUACUGCGCAUGUAUGGCCGGGAAAGCAGCAAGAUGGUCAAACAGGAGACCUCCGACAAGAGCGUGGUGGAGCUGCAGCAGUAUGCCAGGAAGAACAAGCCGAACCUGCACAUCCUGAGCAAGCUGCAGGAGGAGAUGAGGAGGCUGGCCGCGGAGAGGGAGGAGACACGGAAGAAGCCCAAGAUGUCCAUCAUGGCGUCUGCCCAGCCUGGCGGCGAGCCUUUGUGCACCGUGGACGUGUGAGGGGGUGGCGGGGCUGGGCAUGAGGACGCCACUGUCUGCAGCCUCGGGCCUCUGAUCUGAGCUCCUCCCCUGCAGCCUCCUGUCGGAGGGCUGGGGCCAGAGGGGUGGGGCUCCAGUGCAUGGGGACAGCUCUUCUUGGGGGCUGCCCACAGGUCCAAGUGGAUGUGUGCAAGGACGGCCUCAGCCCUGCCACACAGGUGAAGCCAAGCACUUGGGGUUGGCUGUGGACCUCUGCUUGUGCAGCCUCGCUGCAGACUGAUUUUAUGAAGGUUUCCAUGAAUUUUAGUACACAAUGUGCACAGAUGAGAAGUGACAGCUGGAUGACAGAUGACACAAGACGGUGUCCUUGGUGCCCUGUGCCCAGGGCUGCUGUGGGCCACUGCUAACUUGGGCAGAAGGUGCACGCUGGCACUCUGGCCUCCCUCCUGUUUUCCCUAUUCUCUGAAAAGGUUCCAGCAGUUAGGAAGGAGUGUUUCAGACUUGUUUAUUUAAAAUAGACACAAUUUUAGCAUCAGAACUUCUUUCAGAGAUUGUAGGCAAUCCAUCAAGGUCAUUCUCCAGCCUUGAAACACUUGGCCAGCGUAUGAAUUCCACCAGGGCCCACCUGUGCAUGCCCUGGCCCUGGCUGAAGUGCGUCCGUUUUUCUGAGAGUCUUAAUGCCCUAAAGGUGUACCUUGGACACCGAGGCCUCUCACCUCUGCUGGCCUCUGGCAACUUUUUAUUCAGGAUUUUUGCACAGUCAAGUCCAUCUGUUCCCCCAUCAAUUUUUAAAGCUUUUAUGGUAUUUUAGCAUUUGGAAAGAAACUUUUUCAGUGAGAGUAGAAGAUAGAUUUGGGAUCAUGUAGCAGAUAUAAAUAAUUAAUGCAUUUUAGCAUGUGGACUUAUUUGAAAAGAGGAAAUGAGGACCUUCAGUGCAAUCCAUUCUUGAUCACGAACUGGCACGUCUCUGGAGCUGGCAUGAGCACGUGGGCAGCCCCCCGACAACAGCCCCACUGGAUUUCAAGGGCAGCCACCUUGCACAGCUAGACCUGAUGACCGGCUCACUCCUCUGACUAGUGGUCUGUACUCCCCAAGUGGCCCCUGGGACAGGUGGAGGGAGGGUAGACAUGGUCCUGCCCGGGGCCCCAGGGGACAGCGUGUGCCUGGGGCCUUGGGUUCCCAAGGGCAGGAUGGUGGUGCUUGGCCGCUGGCUCCCCGCCCCAGUGCCUGUUCAGUGCUGCACAGCUGGACACAAGGGCAUGGCACUGGGCUGUGCCGUCAUGUCCCGUGGGUGGUGCUGAUGGUGCCUGCUUUCAGAAAGACGGUGUCAGUCUAGCGGGCUGCCCACAGUGUAUCCCCUCCUCACCACCUGUGACCAAGGUUGGCUUCUGUUGACCUUUAUAAAACUCACACAUCAAAUUGCUGUAAUUAGA